AUGCUUCAAAGUGCGAACAGGCUGCCAAAGCCACACACGGGGUACAUGGGCCUCCGAAACCAGGGCGCCACAUCCCUGAACUCGCUUCUGCAGACGCUGUACUUUACGAACAAUUUCAGAAAGGCAGUGCUCAAGACGCCGACUGAAAACGACGACCCGCCGAAGCCGAUGUUGCGGGCGCUACAGUGGGUGUUUGGCGAGCUUCAACACUCGGACAAGCCUGUCGGCACCAAAAAGCUCACCGAGUCCUUCGGUUGGGGUACGACUGACUGUUCCAUGCAGCAAGACGUUCAGGAGUUCCUCCGUGUGUUCUUGGAAAAGCUACAAGUCGAGCUGAAGGGCACGUCCAUGGAAGGAGUGAUUCCAGAACUGUUCCAAGGCCGAAUGAGCUCAUAGUGCCGGUGCAAGUACGCCGACUUCCAGUCUAGCCUGACUGAGACCUACUGUGACAUCCAACUUACCAUCAAAGACAACAAGAACAUUUAUGAAGCUCUCAAGGACAAGUGCUGGUGACUGUACGUGAAGUCGCAGACCCUGGAUGGCGAGAAUAUGUAUUCUGCUGGCGAGCACGGCCUUCAGGUGGCCACGAAGGGCGUAGUCUUCGAGACGUUUCCGUCCGUGUUGCAUCUACAUCUGAUGCGGUUUCAGUUUGACCCGAUAAUGGGCAGCAGCGUCAAGCUCGACAGAUUUGAGUUUCCAGACGUGCUGCACCUGAACCCAUUCCUUCGGGCGCCGGAGAGUACACCGGCCGAUUACAUUCUGAUCGCUGUGUUGGUGCACUCGGGGGACAGCCACGGCGGCCACUACGUCGUUUUCAUCAAUCCCAAUGGUGACGGGACGUGGUACAAGUUCGAUGACGACGUGGUGUCUAGCAGCACGCCUCAAGAACCUAUAGACGGCAACUUCGGCGGCAAGGAUGAAAGAAAGUUUACGGGGCGCAGCAGCACUAGCGCCUACAUGCUUGUUUACCAACGCAAGUCGCUACUAUGGCAAGGGCAUGAUGCAGACGUUCUGGCUGAUCGGCAAGCACGGCUCGCUGGACCCGCACCCGGAGGAGCCGCCGACGCAGGUCGACGACGGUAUGGACGUGACCGCCGAGAGCCCGCACACCAUCAAACAGCGGCGCAGGGAGGCCCGCAGCCGCGCCCACUCCGGA